AUGUCGAAUAAUGGCAGGCAAACUGCAAUCAUAGUGCUCGACGAUGAAAACACUUCCUCAGAUGCCGAAAACAAGACAUCUCUUAAUGGCCCACGGAAAAGAAAAGCUGAUGAGGACGAGGAGGGGGAAGUAGAAGUGGAAGAAAAGGUGCGGUGGACUGACGACUCCGAUUGCCCACCAGUCAAUCCAAAAAAGAAACGGAGGGCAAACCGGAAAUCGGCGGUCAAGAAAGGUGAAACGUCCGAUGCCCAUGGAGACCGGAGCAAGGAAACGAGAAAUGAAGACGACGAAUUGAAGGAAGCUGGUAUUCCGGACUAUCUCCAGGAUCGCCGGCGCGCGUUUAACGCCAAGAAGCAGCAGAAUCACGACGCCGCCCUCAUGUUCCCCCCCGACUACACGGACAUUGAAUUGGACGAUGCCGGACAGCUGGGAAGGCCUUUGGAGGAGAGACCGCAGUUUGAUGCCGCCAGCGGUGUUAAGCCAUCGAGACCCUACAAAGACAUUGAGCUUCCCCACUCUGGCGGUCUCAUUCCCGCUGCCGUCGCCCAGUACCUGCGAGACUACCAAGUGGUCGGCGUUGAGUUCCUCCACCGCAAAUUUGUCUUGCAGCAAGGCGGGAUCCUGGGAGACGACAUGGGCUUGGGCAAGACCGUCCAGGUUGCCGCUUUCCUCGCCGCCGCAUUCGGCAAAACGGCGGACGAGCGUGACGGCCGUCGCAUGCGAGAGAUGCGAUAUUGCCCCGGCCGCUGGUAUCCACGGAUACUUCUCAUCUGUCCCGGCUCUCUCAUCAUGAACUGGAUCAACGAAAUGAACCGAUGGGGAUGGUGGCAUAUCGAUGUCUGCCAUGGUGCCAACAAGGAGGACGUCAUCAACACGGCCCGCUCUGGUCUUCUCGAAAUCAUGAUCACGACGUACGAUACCUACAAGAGCUGCCGCAGUUCCAUCAACAUAGUGCAGUGGGAUGCAGUCAUCUGCGACGAGUGCCACCGCGUCAAGGACAGGUAUUCCGAGACGACCAAGGCACUCGCCGAAGUGAAUGCGCUCUGCCGAAUAGGCCUCACCGGAACGGCCAUUCAGAACAAGUACGAGGAGCUCUGGACCAUUCUUGAUUGGACGAACCCGGGCCGGUUUGGAACGCAGGCAGAGUGGUGGCACAGCAUCACCAGGCCCUUGACCGUUGGCCAGUCCCAUAGUGCGACGGUGGCCCAGCUCAGCCUCGCCAGACAGACGGCCAAGAGACUCGUCCAAAACCUACUCCCCCGAUUUUUCCUGAGGCGAAUGAAAACGUUGAUUGCCCAUCAACUGCCAAAGAAAACCGACAGGGUCGUCUUCUGCCCCCUCACCGAUGUUCAGAGGGAAGCGUAUGAGAACUUUCUCGCGAGCCCAGCGCUUGAGCUUCUGCGGACGGUCUCGGACAUGUGCAACCACGGCAGGAAGAAGGGCUGGUGCUGCAUGAAAGAGGUUCCGGAGGGUGGCAGAUGGCAGAACAUUGUCUUUCCGAGCAUCAUUACCCUGCAGAAGCUCGCGAACCAUCUUACAUUGUUGAUUCCAUCCACGACCGACCUAGAGCCCAGGCACGAGUCGGAGCUCCGGACUCUGCAGACGUGCAUGCCGACUAGGUGGAAAACGCUCUAUGAGAAUAGGGAUCAGAUUAGGAACCUCGUCAAUCCCGACUUCUGCGGAAAGUGGAUGAUUCUCAAGAAGCUUCUCAGGUUUUGGCACAGCGGCGGGGACAAAGUCCUCAUCUUCUCUCAUAGCGUGCGCUUGCUACGCAUCUUGCAGCAUCUAUUCGCCAACACGAGCUACAACGUGAGUUUCCUGGAUGGAUCGCUCAGCUACGAGGCCCGGCAAGACGUCGUCGACACCUUCAACUCGGACCCGUCCCAGUUUGUCUUUCUCAUCUCGACCAAGGCCGGCGGCGUCGGUCUCAACAUCACGGCUGCAAACAAGGUCGUCAUCAUAGACCCGCAUUGGAACCCGUCCUACGACCUACAGGCUCAAGAUCGUGCGUACCGGAUUGGCCAGACGCGAGAUGUUGAAGUCUUUCGGCUCAUUUCUCUCGGCACGGUCGAGGAGAUUGUGUACGCACGACAGAUCUACAAGCAGCAGCAAGCAAACAUCGGCUACACCGCCUCAUCCGAGCGCCGAUACUUUAAAGGCGUCCAACAGGACACCGAAAGGAAGGGAGAAAUAUUUGGUCUCGCCAACAUCUUCACCUAUCAUCCCGACAGCGGCUUGCUUCGAGACAUUGUGAACAAGACCAACAUUGCCGAGACCAAGGCAGGAGUACAUCUAGUGGACGUGGACAUGGAGAAGGUGGCCGAGGAUGAGGAGAACCUGAGCUUGCCCAAGAGGGAAGAGGCCGAUGACGAAGAUGGAGGAUUGGGUCAACUAGCCGAACUGUUGAAGGCGCAGAACCAAGAGAAGCUGCUGGAGUCCCAGAAGUCGGCUACACCGAAGACGGACGCCAUCCAGGCGAUUCUCACCUCCGUCGGUGUGGAGUACACGCACGACAACUCGGAGGUCAUCGGCACGUCCAAAGUCGAGGAACAGCUUUCUCGCCAGGCGGCCAUGGCUUCCUACGCAGAUGGUGACAUCGGAGGACAGAACACGCUCUUUGCCGAUACGGACGAGGAGGACGAGAGCGACAGGCUGCACAGAUUAUACCGCCCGCCCGAGGGUGUUUGCCUUCGGCAGUUUUGCCAAAUGGCUGACGAGUUUGGAUUUGAUAGCGUGACGCAGUUCGCGCUUGUCGUGGAGAAUUGGUCGCAAGAGGCGAGAAGGAACUGCCUCGAUACAUUUUACCGGAGGCGAAAAGCGAUCGUUGCCAAGGCUGCCCGUACGGAACAAGAUGGCGAUAUGGCAACCAGAGAUAUGGGCGGAGUGGCAGGCGAUAUCAAACAGGGGACGCUACCCUCGCCGCCUGGUACUAGGGGGAGCGUCCGUUGCGAAGAUGGGAGGCAAGGGCAUGAUAAGCAGGAAGGUAUCAAGCGUGAGGAUUUCAAGAGGAAAGACCUGCCGCUCGAUUACGUCAAGAGGGAAGGCAUCAAGCUCGAGGGCAUCGAUAGAAAGAUCAAGCCCGAAAAUGCCACGAGACGACGCAUCAAGGAUGAGGAGGUGGAUGGACCUCCGAAAGGAGAGCAUUUCACUCGAGACGGCAUGAAAGCCGAGAAUAUCGACAAGGAGGAGGGCAUUGAAAGCGUGGGUAUUCUACGAGAGAUCAAGCGUGAAGACAUCAAGAAUCCGAAAGCUGAAGAUGACAUGGCGGGCCUGAAAAUGGAAUAUGACAAGAGCCUGCCAGUUCUGGCCCAACACAAGAGUCCCAAUGUGGACGUGAAAGGGGUCAUCGGAGCUGGAGCUGGCACGUCCAGCAAGACGUCAAUUUUUCUUCCUGAUGACGACGAGGACGACGAACUUUGA